AUGAAGAGGCGGGACCUGCGUCGGUGUUCUCGACCCCUCUGCCUUCUCCUGGCCUGCCUGUCCCUGGCCCUGCACCUCCUCCUGGCCCUGCUCUCCCUCUCGCUCUUCCAGACGACCUGCGGCCCUCCGCCCCAUCCCAGGACCGAGAGCCUCCGAGCCCUGGUGGACACCAGCCUCACCCCGCCGGAGGCUGGCUCACUGGACACCGGUGCCGGGCGGGGGGGCUCAUCAGCCAGGCUCCCCCCGGGCCACAGCGCCCCCCCUCUGGAGGGAGGGCCGAUUGCCUCGCUCAACAUGGCCGCCAAAAUGGACCGCCUCGGCAAGUCUGUGGGGGCUGGCCUUCCCAAGCUGUCAGCGCUCUUCAGCCACCCUCUCUACAACCUGCCACGCCCAGCGCUCCAUGAAGACGAUUGGCUGCUGAAGGUAAAGCCGAAGGUGCAGGCCAGCGAUGGGGACAGCAUGGAGGAGUGGGUGAGUGACAGCGAGGAGGCCUAUGACGCGGCCCAGUGGAACAGCAGCAGCGAAUCCCACCCCCCCUGGCUGCGCUUCCACCUGGGCAUCACCCGCUGGCAGCUGUACGACAGGCUGGACCCCAACCUGCCGCCCCUGCUGGAGCAGCUCUCCAGCCACCGCAUCGUCAGUGCCGUGCAGAAAACAGGAGGGACUCAGCUCAAACUAGUGAUGUCAUUCCCUAACUACGGACAGGCUCUCUUCAAACCCAUGAAACAGGCGCGUGACGCAGAGACAGACUUCAACCUCUUCUACUUCUCCGACUUUGAGAGACACAAUGCUGAGAUCGCCGCCUUCCACCUGGACAGGGUGCUGGGUUUUCAGCGGAUUCCACCAGUGGCUGGGAGGUUGAUAAACGUGACCAGAGAGAUCCGGGACAUCACCACUGACCGCAAGCUAGCCAGGACCUUCUACACCUCCCCCGUGGGUAACGUGUGUUUCUAUGGCCAGUGCUCCUAUUACUGCUCCACGGAGCACGCCGUGUGUGGGAAGCCCUGGGGCCUGGAGGCAUCUCUGGCUGUGAUGCUGCCCGAUCUCUCCCUGGCGCCGCGCCGGACCUGGAGGAGCCCCUGGAGACGCUCCUACAGCCGCAGCAAGCUGGCACAGUGGGAGAAGGACCCUGACUACUGCGUCAAAGUGAAGACCACGCCCCCGUAUGAUAGAGGCACUCGCCUUGUGGACCUGAUUGACAUGGCGAUACUGGACUUCCUCAUGAGUAACAUGGACAGACACCAUUAUGAAACCUUUGAAAAAUUUGGCAACAACACCUUCCUUCUGCACUUGGACAAUGGAAGGGCAUUCGGACGGCACACUCGAGACGAGCCCUCCAUUCUGGCCCCUUUGCAGCAGUGCUGCAGGAUCCGCCGGUCCACCCUGCUGCGGCUGCACCUCCUGGCGCUCCCUCAGUACCGCCUGAGCGACGUCAUGCGGGAGUCGCUGUCCCAGGACCGCCUGAGCGCGGCGGAGCCCCUCCUGUCCGAGCCGCACCUCUCCGCCCUGGACCGGCGCCUGGCCGCCGUGCUGCGGGCGCUGCGUGGCUGUGAGGAGGGGCGUCGCCGGCUCGUCUACGACGACGUGGCGGGCUACAGCGCCGAGGGCGCCGCCGCGGGGCGCUAA